AUGGUAUCUACGAUUAAGAUUGAGGCUAUUCAUGAUUGGACAAAGUCUACUUCAAGUACUAAGGUUCAGAGCUUCAUCAGUUUGACAGGCUACUGCAAACGGUUUGUGGAGGAUUUCACCACCAUUGCUGCACGUUUGACUUGGUUGACUCACUUUCAUGUGCCUUUUGAGUGGACUGAGGAGUGUGAGUUGAAAUUUUGGAAGAUCAAGGAGUUGCUGACUAUUGCGCCUAUAUUGACUCUUCCAGUUGAUGGAGAGGGCUUCAUGGUCUAUUGUGAUGCAUUCAACAUCGAUUUGGAUGAGUCUCAUGUGCUCCAGUAUGGUGCAUUAGAAUUGGAUAAUCGCUUUACCUUUGUAGAGGAGCUAGGUGCUAUUCUUGCUAGAGAUGUGUAG